AUAUGUUUUACCAAAAAGGCGCGUUAUUUUUAUACCCACUUUUUGUGGUAAUUUUUUGCGAUAUUGUUCAGUCAAGAAUAAUUUCAGACAAAAACCUUCCUCAACUUGAUUUAAACACAAAAUGUCUGAAACCUAGAGGUCAGUUUCAAGGAACUUCAUGCCAGAGUUACGUUUCAUGCUGGGAUGGAGUUGUCAUUGAACAAAACUGUCCAGAAGGACUAUUAUUUAACCCUAUAAAACUAUAUUGCGACUACCCAUACAACGUUCAAUGCCAAGCAACGUUAUCAAGUAACAUUCCUGAAACCCCUACAUGGACUAAUGACUAUAUUAAUAAUCCUUUACAACAAAAUAUUCUUAAUGAAGUUACUGGAAAUUCGGGACCGAUGGUCGAAAGUGGAAAUAUUGUUAAUCAGGGUGUGUCAUCUUUAAGUAGAUUUUGUCUAAAAGACACUGGACUAUUUCCAGGUAGCAGCUGUCAAAAAUACGUCAAUUGUUGGAAUGGAAAUGUUGUAGAGCAAGAUUGUCCAGGAAAUUUACUCUUUAACCCUGUGACUCUAAACUGUGACCAUCCCUUUAAUGUUAAAUGUGAUUUAAUUUCAAAUAAUGCUACUGAAAACUUAAAUAAUAACAUUAUUCAACAAGUUGAAGAAAACAAACCUAUAGAUAAUGUCUCUCAAACAAUAUCAAAUCCAAUUAACCAAAAUCUAGCAAAUUUACGUAGAUUUUGUUUGAAAGAAACAGGGUUGUAUCCAGGAAGCUCUUGUAAUAAGUUUGUGAAUUGCUGGAACGGUAAUGCCAUAGAACAGGAAUGUCCAACAGGGUUGUAUUUUUCUAAAUCUGGGUUCUGUGACUAUCCAGAAAACGUCAAUUGUGGACCUGAAAAUAAUAAUAAAGAAUUUAAAAAUAGUUUGUGUCCAGAGGAGCAUGGUAUUUACCGAAAUGACACUUUUUGUGACAAAUAUUACGUUUGUGCUUUCGGAAGAGUGGCAACACAGUACCAAUGUCCUGAAGGAUUCAGUUUUAGCCAGAAUUUAGGCGUUUGUGACUACUCCUACAGGGUUGAUUGUGGCAAUACCUCUACUUCAGAAGCUUCAGAAUCUGAUACAAUAGCUGAUACAUAUUUUCAAACUCAAAUUCAAGAAAAAGAAAAACACCCAAAAUGUACAAAAAUCCUUAAUGGACUUGUUAGAGAUGAAGAAAAUUGCUCAAUAUAUUAUCUAUGUGACUCUGAAAAAGUUGUAGCUACUUACGAAUGUCCUGCUGGUACAUUAUAUAGCAAUGAGCUGGGAACAUGCGAUUAUGCAUACAGGGUGAACUGCAACAAAGGAAAUAUUAAUAAAAUUGAGCCAUAUAAACCUCAACUGUCUUCAGAGUUGAUGUCACAGGUACAAAACUGUGUACCCGGUGCGACAAUACCGUUAAAUUUUGACUGUUCCAAAGCAUGCAGAUGUCGAAAAAAUGGCGCAGAAAUAAUUGAGUGUCCUGCAGGAUUAUUUUAUGAUUCAAAGUCUAAUAAAUGCCUUAGUUCUGCCCUGGCAAAAUGUUAACGAUGAAUUGAAGACUGAAAAAUAGAUAUUCCAGA